AAUAAAUUAACUUCUUCUAUUACCUCCGAUCAUCAUCCUCCGUAAUUUCAGGUAACAGGCGAAUGGAGGACUUAAAAACUGUUGAAGCAUCUGAUGUUGUUAGUGACAACGUUGAAACAGUAAAUCCUGAGUUGAUCGAAUCGGCCAUUCGAGAAUCUAACACACAAUCUGUAACAAAGGUUGAUAAUAUUCCACAAUCUCAAACUGAUACUGAAGAGACUCAACAAUCUCAAACUGAUGACACUACUGGCAAUGCGAAAAUUUAUGUCGAUGACACGUUUUCGCCAUCCAGUUUCUCUAAUUCUGAAAAAUCAGUUACUGCUCCUGAUGCUGCAACUGCUGCGGGGUUCACUGGACAAGAUAGUACGAGUACAACAAUCGUAGAAGAAGUGAUGGAGCCAGAUGAGACUGGUUUACCUCGUGUGAAGAUUACCGAGGCUGCGGUGGGUACAGCAAGAAAUGGUGGUUCACCUAGAACUGUAUCAUCUCCUAGACCACACUUGUCUCCUAGAUUUUCAGGAUCACCCGUGAGCACUGGAGCACCGAAAAAUAUGGACUCACAUCGAGGCUUAAUCGAUACUGCAGCGCCAUUUGAAUCUGUUAAAGAAGCUGUCUCAAAAUUUGGAGGAAUUACUGACUGGAAAUCUCACCGAAUGCAAGCGGUAGAGAGACGCAAGCUUAUAGAAGAAGAGCUUAAAAAGAUCCAUGAGGAGAUUCCUGAGUACAAAACACAUUCGGAAACCGCAGAGGCUGCAAAACUGCAAGUGGUUAAUGAGCUAGAAAGUACAAAGAGACUCAUAGAACAGUUGAAGCUUAAUUUGGAGAAGGCACAAACAGAAGAACAACAAGCGAAGCAGGAUUCGGAGCUUGCUAAGCUGAGGGUUGAAGAGAUGGAGCAAGGAAUAGCUGAAGAUGUCAGUGUUGCAGCUAAAGCGCAACUUGAGGUGGCCAAGGCGAGGCAUACAACAGCAAUCACAGAGUUGUGUUCUGUCAAGGAGGAGCUAGAAACUCUGCAUAAGGAAUAUGAUGCCCUGGUGCAAGAAAAAGAUGUGGCCGUAAAGAAAGUUGAGGAAGCAAUGUUGGCAUCAAAAGAAGUUGAGAAGACAGUUGAAGAACUUACCAUAGAGCUGAUAGCUACAAAGGAGUCACUGGAAUCAGCACAUGCUUCUCAUUUAGAGGCGGAAGAACAGAGGAUUGGAGCAGCCAUGGCCAGAGACCAGGAUACUCACCGCUGGGAGAAGGAACUGAAGCAAGCGGAAGAGGAACUCCAAAAACUUAACCAACAGAUACAUUCUUCGAAAGAUCUAAAAUCGAAGCUUGACACUGCCUCAGCGCUGCUUCUUGAUUUGAAGGCAGAAUUGGUAGCUUAUAUGGAAUCCAAGCUAAAACAGGAAGCGUGUGACUCAAACACAAACAUUGAUCCUUCGACAGAAAACAUGAGCCAUCCAGAUUUACAUGCAGCUGUUGCCUCUGCAAAGAAGGAACUUGAAGAGGUCAAUGUCAAUAUCGAGAAAGCAGCUGCUGAAGUGAAUUGCUUGAAACUAGCCUCCUCUUCCUUGCAACUGGAACUCGAGAAAGAAAAGUCUACUCUUGCCUCAAUCAAACAAAGAGAAGGAAUGGCCUCUAUAGCAGUUGCUUCUAUAGAGGCUGAAAUUGACAGAACGAGGUCGGAAAUAGCUUCGGUUCAGUCAAAGGAGAAAGACGCGAGAGAUAAAAUGGUGGAGCUACCCAAGCAACUUCAGCAAGCAGCAGAAGAGGCUGAUGAAGCAAAGUCACUUGCUGAAGUUGCUCGUGAAGAGCUACGAAAGGCGAAAGAAGAAGCAGAGCAAGCAAAGGCUGGAGCAAGUACAAUGGAGAGCAGGCUAUUUGCUGCGCAGAAGGAAAUCGAAGCAGCUAAAGCUUCAGAGAGGCUGGCCUUAGCUGCCAUCAAGGCUUUAGAGGAGAGUGAAUCAACAUUGAAAGCUAAUGACACCGAUUCUCCACGAAGCGUUACACUUUCACUAGAAGAGUACUAUGAGCUCAGCAAACGUGCCCACGAAGCAGAAGAACUGGCGAACGCCAGAGUAGCAGCGGCGGUUUCAAGAAUCGAGGAAGCUAAAGAAACAGAAAUGAGAAGCUUGGAGAAGUUGGAAGAAGUAAACAGAGACAUGGAUGCGAGAAAGAAGGCAUUAAAAGAAGCAACUGAAAAGGCUGAGAAGGCGAAAGAAGGGAAGUUGGGGGUGGAACAGGAGCUGAGGAAAUGGAGGGCAGAUCAUGAACAAAAGAGAAAGGCUGGUGAUGGAGUCAACACUGAGAAAACCCAAAAAGAAAGCUUUGAAGGAGGAAAGAUGGAGCAAUCACCUGAGGCUGCUGUUUAUACCUCCAGCCCAAGUACAACUGUGCUUGUUUGCAACGUAAAGCUUGGUUUCACAUGCUGCUUAACUGUUUGCUAAAAAUCUGUAUACUAAGAAGGUGGUAUAAAAGAACUUAAUAUUU